UUCUUCACCCUCAGGUUUUUAAUUGGAUUUGCUUUCAGGUGGGCAAGCCUCUCAUCAGUACCUUCACCACUUCUCUUAACAUCAAACUUUCUCACUUCUGGUCCCUAGUUUCUCAUCCUUUGGCUCUGACUAUCUACACUCUCAGCCAGGACUGGUCUCAAAACUUUUUCUGUAUGCCUAUCCUCCUUUGUGCCUUCAAACAGUUGGCCUGUUCAUGUUGGUGCUACCUCCUCACCCAAACCAACUCUGAUUUUUUGUUUCAUAAACUGAAGCCCAGCCCCAACUUCUUCUACCCCAUUCCUGCUCUCUUUUGCUCCAAUCACACACUUCCAAGUUCAGCCAGAAAUGUUACCUCAUCUUCAGAUGCAAGAUUUGUUUUGUCCUUUGCUUGCAAGUUUGCAACCAUGUAGUCUUUUUUAUGUCCAAUUCCUGUAGUCCUUCAGCUAUGUGCAGAGUUUUUCAGUGGUAGUCUGUCUGUCACUUCCUUCUUCCAGGCUGUUCUACAGUGGCCCACUUUUCAGCUAUUUUCACAUGGAUUGUCAGUUUCCACCAUUGCUAGUUCUCAUAUGGCUUUAUCAACUACAGUUCCCCUUACCUAUUACCACCAGGAUUUUUCUUUCCCUGUUCUCUCCACUUUGUUCAGAUCUUUCCUUCUUCAAUGACUUCCUCGUUCUACUCCCUUGCCUGUCUGGAACCAUAAUAUGGUUUUACAUGCUCUGUUCAAGCUGUUAGCUUAAUGUUCAUUACAAAAUCUUUCUCUGAAUACACAUUUGAUUCUCCUUCUCUCCUAUGGCUCUUCUGUCACCCUCCUUUCAAUAUCUUACCUCAAUGCUGGUUCAGACAUGAAUAAUCUUCUGUAUCUGAUUCAGGCUGUUUGAUGUUAUUUGGCAUGUAGGUCUUCUUUUCAACAUUUUUAUCAUUGUUUCUACCUUAAAACCCCCUCUUCUUUUGGGGACCUCUUUCAUUCUGCUCUUACAGUUUGAUUCACCAACUCUAGUUUGUGUAUUCCUUCUUGGAUAUUGAUGAUUCAGACUCUUUCAUAUUUUUUGCAUUAGAUUCAUAAUCUGUCUCACUCUAUUGUGUAUCACUUUUGCCGACCCUUGGAUGACUCAGCACACAUUCAUCUCCCAUUAUCUUCAUAACCUGGCUGUAUCAUCUUUUGUGGGAUGCCGACUCCCUCUGAUCACUGUUCUUCAUUUUUGUACUGUCUAUGAGAAGGGUAAGUAUAUUUUCUUCUUCAUUACCCUCAUCUAAUCAUCUUCCCGUUUAACCUGUUAUCCCUGAACUGAACACUUGCAGUACCCAAAAGUUGCUUCAGAUCAGGGAUAACUGAAUGUGCUCUACCAGUGUCUAUUGUUGAGAUGAGAUGCUCUGCAUAACCUCUUGAGAUAUCUUCGUGGUAUUAAAUUUACUCAGUUGCCUGAUCCACACCAUACCAUUCUAUGGACUAUCAUGGAAAAAGCUGGUGCCAAGGAUUUGGCUGCCCACAUCUUUGGCUCGUGCUUGCUGGCUUCUAAAGAAUAGGAUUUCAUGGUCACUCAUUGCAUCGUCUCCAGUAAAGGACCUUUCUAACAUGUGUUCGAUAGAUGUGGAUACAUGCACUUUUCCUGGUCUCCCCAGUGCAGAUUCUCCUUCCCACCUCUUGUCAAGUCGAGCAUGGGAGACCCUUGCCACUAACCAGUAUCUAGCCACUGGGGUAGUGGACCGUGGAGAGUUCUCACUGAUUGUGUACAGCACAAUAUGGUGGCAAUAAGGAGGUGGUAGCACACACUAUGUAAUGCAGGUCACCCCUCUUACAGCUAGUGUGCCCUCUUCCUGCAGCAGGAGGAUUGAUCACCUCUCGUCUCUGUCUGUCCAGUUGAGACAAAAUCACACACAUUGUCUGGUCUGAUCAUGCACUAACCACACAACCCUUCUUGGCAUGCCGACUGCUUGUGUGCUAAUGCUUGGUUGGUCAUGCAAAAAUUCUACCCAUCCCUGCAACACUUGGGGCUCUUUUACCUUUCCUUCUUUUUCUUUCUGGGUGAAGAGUAUACCCUUCUUGAGACAAAAUGCUGUCUCACACAAGAAUGUGCUUAUGGAGCCCCUGCCAUUGAGUGUCACAUUCCAUGGACUUUCUCUUCAAGCACUUUCUGAAGGGAGCUCAUCUAUGUUUAAUGUUUGCACCAGCUCCUCUAACAUUUCAAUGGGGGAUUCUAGCUGCUCUGUGUGUGUGUGAAGGUGAGGUAUUGUCUUGGAAGUUAACUGAAAAUGUAUUUCCGAUAGAUAAACACCUUCCCAACCAUCCUUGUAUUUCCGAUAGAUAAACACCUUCCCAACCAUCCUUGUAUUUCCGAUAGAUAAACACCUUCCCAACCAUCCUUAUAUUUCUGAUAGAUAAACACCUUCCCACCCAUCCUCCCCACUUCUGGUGCCUUUUCUUCUUGCCCUGUUUAGGAAUGUAGUUAAUUCAAGUGCAUAGGGGGAGCUAUCUCACAAGAAGGUUGUGUUGCCAGGAUGGCUAUUUUCUCCUGAUGACGAAGUCAUGCACUAACGCAACUAGUGACAUGCAAAUCUCAUAGGCAGGAGCAUGUAGGAAUUCAGGUAAGGUUCUGGAAGAUGCUUAACAGUUUUGUCUUGUCCUGUAGGAAGUCCGAGCGACCUUGCAGGCUUGAGAGUGGGAGACAACAUUUGGGCCAUAGAUGGAGAGAGAACUGCAGGAAAAACACAUUCAGAACGUGUCUUAAAACAGGCUGUUUAUAGAGGAUCAGUAGAACUGGUUGUAUGGAGACCGUACCAGUCUACAUUUGAAGGAGAAAAUGAUCAAAAAGCUACAUCUGAUAAGAGAUUAGAAAUCAAUACUAGUUGCAUGGAAGGGCUAGAACUUGAAACUUCUCAGUCAAGAAAUCAAUCCACAAGCAAAGCUUAUUUUCAUGAAGCUCCAACUAUUACAGAUGACUCAAGAUUAAAACCUUCCUCCGAAAUACAGAGAAAGGCAAAAAAACCACCUCCUGUGCCCGAGAAGCCAAAAUGUCUACCACCAGAAACCAUUAAUCGAAAAGUGUCUGUUGAAAGAAAUAAGACUACAGGAAACGGGAAGAAUGAGUCGACUAACGUAUUGAGUUGCGGUUCUCUGGAAGAAGCUUCUUCAGAUUCCAGUUCGGAGAAUGAAAUGUUUGUGGACGACUUGGAACAGUUAAAAGCUGAAGUUGAAGCUGCUAGUACUCCUAGUGAAGAUCAAAUACAGGAUAACAGGAUCAUGAAUGAAGCAGAAAACCUUCCAGCUGGCAUAGCAAUAUCUAGAAGUUCAGACACUUCUCACUUGACUGCUGCUUCGGAUGAAGACAACUUUAAAUCUAGAGAAGUGAUUGACAAUGAACCUACAUCAGAUUAUACACAGGUUCUCGACUCCAUCAUCUGUGAUGAUCAAAUCCAUAAAGUAGUUGUGAAUAGACCCAGCCUCACCACUGACACUUCUCAAGAACUCGAAUCAGAGGUAAUUAUACUGUUAUAUGUCUUUAAUGUUUGUGCUGCUUGUG